AGACUGCAGGAGAAGCGUGACUCAGGCAGACUCAGGGCUUGCCUUUGUGCUGCAGCUUCCAGCAGGGCACAGGGACUGCUGCUGCAGCCUGAUUUGCUGGGAGGCUGCCAGCCGCCCUGCCUUCUCCUCCUCUCUGCAGGCAGCUUGCAGGCAGCUCUGCCCUGUUCUCCACUCACCGCUGCGUCUCGAGCAACAAGAUGACCUGCCACAGGGACAUGGCAGGCUGACAUCCCCAUGGCAGGCCUGGAGUGGAGGAGCCGGUGAUGCAGGCGGAGGAUGCUGUGGGGAAGGGUGACCCACUGCCUUCAGCUCACGUACAUCCUUUUCCUUUGCUGCACUCAGGAUGGAGAUGUGCAGCACCUCCCCACCUAGGAGCAGGAGAGAGGAGCAGCCAUGGCGGUGCGUGGCCGGCACACCAAGGUGCUCCCCUCCCAGCUGAACAAAGUGUGCCCUGAGAGAGGGGACGGCCCCACCACACACCCCAGGGAGAUGAGCGACUUCGAGGUGGUCCCCAACCUCCAGCAGAGCAGCAGCAGCGUGGCUAAGGGCCAGCGGAAGGCACAUUUCCCCUCUGGCAGCAAUGAGAAGGAAAAUCUCAUCUCAUGGAUUCCUGAAAACAUCCGGAAGAAAGAGUGCACAUACUUUGUGGAAAGCUCCCAGACCUCAGACUCUGGGAGGGUGGUGUGCGAGUGUGGCUACCUCAGGGAACAGCACCUGGAAGAUGCUGCCAAACCUCCCCUCUUCCUGGGGAAGGAGUGGGACCCCAACAGGCACAUCCAGGAAAUGCCAACAGAUGCCUUUGGUGACAUCCACUUCACGGGCCUGGGACAGAAGACAGGAAAGUAUGUGCGUGUCUCCUCUGAUACUCCUCCUCGGGUCAUCUACCACCUCAUGACACAGCACUGGGGCCUUGAUGCACCCAACCUGCUCAUCUCGGUCACCGGUGGGGCCAAAAACUUCAUCAUGAAGCCAAGGCUAAAGAACAUCUUCCGGCAAGGGCUAGUCAAAGUGGCCCAGACCACUGGGGCCUGGAUCAUCACAGGGGGGUCCCAUGCUGGUGUGAUGAAACAGGUGGGAGAGGCAGUGCGAGACUUCGUCCUCAGCUGCAGCUACAAGGAAGGCGAUGUUGUCACCAUUGGCAUUGCCACCUGGGGGACUGUGUACAACCGGGAGAGCCUCAUCUGCCCCAUGGGGGGCUUUCCAGCUGAGUAUGUACUGGAUGAAGAGAACCAAGGCAGCCUCUCAUGUCUGGACAGCAAUCACUCCCACUUCAUCCUCGUGGACGAUGGGACCCAUGGGAGGUAUGGAGUAGAAAUCCCCCUGAGGACCCGGCUGGAGAAGUUCAUUUCCAAACAGACCAAGGUGAAAGGAGGUGUUGCCAUCAAGAUCCCCAUCGUUUGUGUGGUGCUGGAAGGAGGCCCUGGGACACUCGAUACUAUCUACAAUGCCAUCACCAAUGGGACCCCCUGUGUGAUUGUGGAAGGGUCUGGGCGUGUGGCCGAUGUCAUUGCACAGGUGGCUGGCCUGCCUGUGUCCGAGAUAACCAUCGCCUUGAUCCGCAAGAAGCUGAGUGUGCUUUUCCACGAUACCUAUGAGCAAUUCACCGAGGGCCGGGUGGUGGAGUGGACCAAGAAGAUCCAAGACAUAGUGCGGAGCCGGCAACUCCUGACCAUUUUCAGAGAGGGCAAAUAUGGUCAGCAGGAUGUGGAUGUGGCCAUCCUCCAGGCGCUGUUCAAAGCAUCCCGAAACCAGGACCACUUCGGUCGUGAGAACUGGGACCACCAGCUGAAGUUAGCCGUGGCCUGGAACAGGGUGGACAUUGCUCGGAGUGAGAUCUUCACAGACGACUAUGAGUGGAAGCCCACAGAUCUCCACUCCGUGAUGGCAGCUGCCCUGAUCUCCAACAAGCCAGAGUUUGUGAAGCUAUUUGUGGAACAGGGAGUGCGUCUCAAGGAGUUUGUCACCUGGGACACCCUGGUUUACCUCUAUGACAACAUGGCUCCAUCCUGCCUGUUCCACAGCAAGCUGCAGAAAGUCCUCCUGGAGGAGAAGGAGCACACAGCCAGCUCCAAAAUGCCACGAAUCCAACUGCAUCAUGUCUCCCAGGUGCUGCGGGAGCUGCUGGGCCGCUCCACACAACCUCUCUACCCCAAGCCCAAGCACACGGAACGGCCCCGGCUCUCCAUCCCUGUCCCCCACAUCAAGUUGAACGUUCAGGGGUCAAGCCUCCGGUCCCUCUACAAACGCACCUCUGGCCGAGUCACCUUCACUAUUGACCCAGUGCGUGACCUGCUCAUCUGGGCCGUGGUCCAGAGCCGCAAAGAACUGGCAGAAAUCAUCUGGGCCCAGAGCCAGGACUGCAUGGCGGCUGCUCUGGCCUGCAGCAAGAUCCUGAAGGAGCUGGCCAAGGAGGAGGAAGACACAGACACCACUGAUGAAAUGCUGGCCCUGGCUGAGCAGUACGAGCACAAGGCAAUUGGUGUGUUCACAGAGUGCUAUCGCAAGGAUGAAGAGAGAGCCCAGAAGCUCCUCGUCCGUGUCUCUGAGGCCUGGGGGAAGACAACCUGUCUGCAGCUGGCACUGGAGGCCAAGAACAUGAAUUUCGUGUCCCAUGGGGGUGUGCAGGCCUUCCUAACCAAAGUCUGGUGGGGGAAGAUGUGUGUGGACAACGGGCUUUGGCGGGUGAUCGUGUGCAUGCUCUUCUUCCCACUCCUCUACACCAGCUUCAUCGCCUUCAGGGAGAAGAAGAUGCAGCCCAUGGGCUGCCUGACACGUUUCCGAGCCUUCUUCACAGCACCUGUCGUCAUCUUCCACAUGAACAUCCUCUCUUACUUCACCUUCCUCUUGCUCUUCGCCUACGUCCUGAUGGUCGACUUCCAGCCGUCACCAUCCUGGUGGGAGUACCUCAUCUACUUCUGGCUCUUCUCCCUGGUGUGCGAGGAGAUCCGCCAGCUCUUGCAUGAUCCAGAUGGGCUCGGAGCCCUGAAGAUGGCUUCCCUGUAUUUCAAGGACUUCUGGAACAAGUUGGAUGUCGGUGCCAUCGUGGUGUUCAUCGUGGGGCUGACCUGCAGGCUGAUUCCAUCAACGCUAUACCCGGGGCGCAUCAUACUGUCACUGGCAUUUAUCAUUUUCUGCCUGCGCCUGAUGCACAUUUUCACAGUCAGCAAGACGCUGGGGCCCAAGAUCAUCAUUGUGAAGCGCAUGAUGAAGGAUGUCUUCUUCUUCCUCUUCCUGCUGGCAGUGUGGGUGGUGUCCUUCGGGGUUGCCAAGCAGGCCAUCCUGAUCCACAACGAGGAACGCGUGGAGUGGCUUUUCCGUGGUGUGGUCUACCACUCCUACCUGACCAUCUUCGGGCAGAUCCCCUCCUACAUUGAUGGGGUGAACUUCAACAUCGAUCAGUGCAGCCCCAAUGGGACUGACCCCUACAAGCCCAAGUGCCCAGAGACCAACGAGGACAACAAGGAGCCCAUCUUCCCAGAGUGGCUGACGGUCAUCUUGCUGUGCCUGUACCUACUCUUCACCAACAUCCUCCUCCUGAACCUCCUCAUCGCCAUGUUCAACUACACCUUCCAGCAGGUCCAGCAGCACACGGACCAGAUCUGGAAGUUCCAGCGGCACGACCUCAUUGAGGAGUACCACGGCCGCCCACCCGCACCUCCACCCUUCAUCCUCCUCAGCCACCUGCAGCUCCUGGUGCGGCGGGGGCUGCUCCGCAGGCCGGCCACGCGCCACAGGCAGCUCAAAGAGAAGCUGGAGAAGAACGAAGAAGCCGCCCUCCUCUCCUGGGAGAUGUACCUGAAGGAGAACUACCUGCAGCACCAACAGUGUCAGGAGAAGCAGAACACAGAGCAGAAGAUCCGAGACAUUGCACAGAGAGUUGAUGUGCUGGCAGACCUGCUGGACAUGGAUCGGGUGAAGAGGACGAGUCUGGUGGAGCAGAGAUUGGGCGCCCUGGAAGAUCAGGUCCAUCAGAGUGCCAAAGCCCUGAGGUGGAUCAUGCAGGCACUGCAGGGCAGUGGCUUCAGCUCAGAGGAGGAUAUGCCGCCCUUGGUCUCCAGCAGGACUUCAGAGGAAAAGGAGUUGGACCCAGAGGAGAAGCCUGAAGAGAAGCAGCCCCCAUACCACGUGCUGGCCCGGAACCUUCUCUACCCAGGGUCCCACACCAUCCGCUUCCCCGUGCCGGAUGAGAAGGUGCCCUGGGAGGUGGAUUUCCAGCUCUACGACCCUCCUGCCUAUUCAGCCGACCACAGGGACACAGCUGUGCAAGACCCCUUCAGACCCUCCUUGGAGUCUCUCCUGAAGAUCAACUACAAUGCCAUGGAUGGGCUGAUCGACAGGCAGAGCUUCCACGGCCUCUAUGCCGUGCAGGAUGGACUGCCACUGAAUCCCAUGGGCAGGACGGGGCUGCGCGGUCGCGGGAGGCUGCACUGCUUUGGGCCCAACCAUGCCCUGCACCCAGUUGUGACCCGCUGGAGGAGGAACUUGGAUGGGUCCAUUAUCAGGAAGAGCCUGAAGAAGAUGCUGGAGGUCCUCGUGGCCCAGUAUCCCGUGUCAGACGUCUGGGCAUUGCCUGGGGGCUCGCUGGAGCCGGGUGAGACGCUGCCGCUGAAGCUCAAGUGGAUCCUGCGUCGGGAGUUCUGGCCUCAGUUCCAAAACCUGCUGAAACAAGGCACCGAGAUACACAAGGGGUACCUCGAUGACCCCCGCAACACAGAUAACGCCUGGGUUGAGACCGUUGCCAUCAGUGUGCACUUUGACAAUCAGAACGAUGUGGAGAUGAAGCGGCUGAAUUCGUUCCUCCAGGGCUGCGACCCGGAGCUGUGCAUCCGCUGGCAGGUGCUGGACAGGAGGAUCCCGCUGCACGCCAACCACAAGCAGCUCCUGCAGAAGGUCUCCACCCUGCUCGGCGCCUACUACUGAGUUCUCAGGCACAGCCAAAGCUGCUGCAGCCCUGGACCAGGAUCUGGCUGCUAUGCCCCAGCUCACCUGUGAGGCCACGGGCUGCCACUGGAGGCCAGGCAGCUCCCACAGCCACCAGCUCACCCUUACCCACCCGCUAUCUGCGUGGGCACUGCGUGUGGGCAUGCAGGGCAUCCAUCAGGCAGCUCUGCUUCCCAGUCUGCUCUCUGAGCCCCAGGAACCUCAGCACAGCUCCUGGAGGGUUGCUCAGGGGCUCCUGCAAGAAGCUGCCCUGCAAGUUGCUGUGACGUCUGUCCUCCUAUCUCCAGUUGCCUCAGACCCAGUGAUGUACUGAGCUGUGAUCCAACACUUGUGAAGGUGAGAGCAGCUCUUGGCUCAUACACCUAUGGCUUUAUACCUCCGCACAAGUCUACCCUCUCAAGUCUUUUGCGAUCCUACACGUGUACGCUGAGCACUGCAUCACAGCUGAUAUCCUUCCCUCUGCUAAAUGGCACCUGCCUGCCCCACCCCCUUGUGCAUAUGGACAGAAAAGGGCAGCUUGCAGGGACACACAGGGGUCUGUCCUCUGCAGACACCGGGGCAGGUGGGGACACGAGCAAGGACACGCAUGCAUCCGUCUCACACAUCUCUGCUCACCUUUUCUGCUGCCUGCCAUAGGGACGAUGAAGCACAGCAGAGACACUUCCCAGGGCCUCUCAGUAGCCCAGAACAGCCCCAUGGGGGUGGAUUAUGCCUAGGACUGCUUAGGGAGGGACUGCAGCUCCCCGCACUCUCCCCAUGGAGACACAGACAUGGCCAGGGCUGUUCUCCCCCGCUGGUGGCCAUUGCAGCACAACUGUGGUUUCACCAGUGAGGCACUGGGCUGGGGGGGAGGGGGCAGCUGGUAACAUAGUCAGCGCUGCUCAAUAAACAGUGUAUUGAA